AUGAAGGGGCAGAGGUGCCCUGGGAUGCAUGGGCCAAAGACACAAAACAGGGGUGGAGGGGAAGAGCCCAGUUUUCAGGAGCCACAGGAAUAUCAGCGCUUUGCACAGGACUCUGCUACAGCUCCUGCCUCCACGUUCCUGCCUCCACGUUCCUGCCUCCACGUUCCUCCCGGGACUCUCCUUAAGGAUGGACUGCGAGCUGUAAGGCCCAGAGGUGGAGGAAGCAGCUUGCAGCCUGUCUGGCAGGAGCGCCACCAGCUCAGGGAUGACUGCGAUCCACCUCACACUCUGAACAAGAUUACAGCCCUGUGGAGAGGAGUCCCUGAACGCUGGAAUGUAGGAAGUUGGCCUCUGGGUCUCAGAGACGUGCAGGAUGGCUCCAUCACAGCUGCUCCGGGGUCCUGCUGGGGAAGCAAACUCUUCUGGAUACCUGCCACAGUGGUCUCAGGCCUCCCUGGCCUGCAAGCCUCCAUAGAGCUCCAGGCAGUGAUGUUCCAGACAUGCUGGGUCCUCUGUAGCCAUCGAGUCACUGACGUUUGCAGAUACUCCAUGGCUGGCAGCCACCUCCAGGAGCUUGAGCAAACCUCAUACCCAGCUGAUGGCCUCUGUGUGGCUUCACAGAACUCUGUACUAAGCAAUACGUACAGAACAGAGGUCCAGAUGUAGAACUCUCAGCUACCUCUCAGCACCACGUCUUCCUGCAUGCCGCCAUGUUUCCUGCCCUGAUGAUAAUGGACUAAACCUCUGAACUGUAAGCCAGGCCCUAUUAAAUGCUUUUCUGUAUAGGA